AUGGGGAUUGAGCUGCUCUGCCUGUUCCUGCUACUUCUAGGGAGGAAUGAUCACGUCCAAGGUGGCUGUGCCUGGGGUGGUGCAGAGACCUGCUCAGACUGCCUGCUCACAGGACCUCACUGCGCCUGGUGUUCCCAGGAGAAUUUCACCCACCUGUCCAGAGCUGGCGAAAGGUGCGAUACCCUAGCAAAUCUUUUAGCCAAAGGAUGUCAAUUACCCUUCAUCGAAAACCCUGUCUCCCAAGUGGAAGUACUUCAAAAUAAGCCUCUCAGUGUAGGCCGACAGAAAAAUAGUUCUGACAUUGUUCAGAUUGCUCCUCAAAGCUUGGUUCUUAAAUUGAGACCAGGGGGUGAGCAGACUCUGCAAGUGCAGGUCCGCCAGACGGAAGAUUACCCAGUAGAUCUGUAUUACCUCAUGGACCUCUCGGCCUCCAUGGAUGACGACCUGAACACAAUCAAAGAGCUUGGCUCCCGGCUCGCCAAAGAGAUGUCUAAACUAACCAGCAACUUCAGACUGGGCUUCGGCUCCUUCGUGGAAAAGCCCAUUUCUCCUUUUAUGAAAACAACACCAGAGGAAAUCACCAACCCUUGCAGUAGUAUCCCCUAUUUCUGCUUACCUACGUUUGGAUUCAAGCACAUUUUGCCAUUAACUGAUGAUGCCGAGAAAUUCAAUGAAAUUGUGAGGAAACAGAAGAUUUCUGCUAAUAUUGACACACCCGAAGGUGGAUUUGAUGCAAUCAUGCAGGCUGCUGUGUGUAAGGAAAAGAUUGGCUGGCGCAACGACUCGCUCCACCUCCUGGUCUUUGUGAGUGAUGCCGAUUCUCACUUUGGAAUGGACAGCAAGCUGGCAGGCAUUGUCAUUCCCAAUGAUGGGCUCUGUCACUUGGACCACAGGAAUGAAUACUCCAUGUCAACUGUCUUGGAGUAUCCGACUAUUGGCCAACUCAUUGAUAAACUGGUACAAAACAACGUGCUACUGAUCUUUGCAGUCACCCAAGAACAAGUCCAUCUGUACGAGAAUUAUGCGAAACUCAUUCCUGGAGCGACCGUGGGACUGCUUCAGAAGGAUUCUGGGAACAUUCUUCAGCUGAUCAUCUCUGCUUACGAAGAACUGCGCUCUGAGGUGGAACUGGAAGUAUUAGGAGACACAGAAGGACUCAACCUGUCUUUCACAGCUAUCUGUAACAACGGCAUCCUCUUCCCACACCAGAAGAAAUGCUCCCACUUGAAAGUAGGAGACACAGCAUCCUUCAACGUGACUGUGAGCAUAUCCAACUGCGAGAAAAGAAGCAGGAGCCUUAUCAUAAAGCCUGUGGGGCUGGGGGACACCCUGGAAAUCCGCGUCAGUGCAGAAUGUGACUGUGACUGCCAGAGAGAGGUAGAAGCCAACAGCUCUAAGUGCCACAACGGGAAUGGCUCGUUCCAGUGUGGGGUGUGUGCCUGCAACCCGGGCCACAUGGGUCCCCACUGCGAGUGCGGUGAGGACAUGGUGAGCACGGAUUCCUGCCAGGAGUCCCCCGGUCACCCCUCAUGCAGCGGAAGGGGUGACUGCUACUGUGGGCAGUGCAUCUGUCACUUGUCUCCCUACGGAAGCAUCUACGGACCUUACUGCCAGUGCGACAACUUCUCCUGCCUGAGACACAAAGGCCUACUCUGCGGAGAUAAUGGUGACUGUGACUGCGGAGAAUGUGUGUGCCGAGAAGGCUGGACAGGCGAGUACUGCAACUGUACAACCAGCAGGGACUCGUGUGCAUCUGAGGAUGGAGUGCUAUGCAGUGGGCGUGGGGACUGUGUCUGUGGCAAGUGUGUCUGCAGAAACCCUGGAGCCUCAGGACCCACCUGUGAACGCUGUCCUACCUGUGGCGACCCCUGUAACUCUAAACGGAGCUGCAUCGAGUGCUACCUUUCUGCAGAUGGCCAGGCCCAAGAAGAGUGUGCAGACAAGUGCAGAGCCACCGGUGCCACCAUCAGUGAGGAAGAUUUUUCAAAGGAUACUUCUGUCUCCUGCUCUCUACAAGGAGAAAAUGAAUGUCUUAUUACAUUCCUAAUAACUACGGAUAAUGAAGGGAAAACCAUCAUUCACAACAUCAAUGAGAAAGACUGCCCCAAACCUCCAAACAUUCCCAUGAUCAUGUUGGGAGUGUCACUGGCUAUCCUGCUCAUUGGUGUCGUGCUACUGUGCAUUUGGAAGCUGCUGGUAUCGUUUCAUGACCGGAAAGAAGUUGCUAAAUUUGAAGCAGAACGAUCUAAGGCCAAGUGGCAAACGGGAACCAACCCGCUGUACAGAGGCUCCACCAGCACUUUUAAGAACGUGACCUACAAACACAGGGAGAAGCACAAAGCAGGCCUUUCUUCAGAUGGGUAG